UCCAGAACAAACAUUUCCGAGUCGUGUGUCCAGCAGAUGACAUCGUGUAGGUUCCCCACAUCUCCACAUAUAUUUCCACGUAUCAUACACAGAUACACAUGUCGGUCAAGUAAUCAAACCAUCCAACUGAUUUCCUCCAGUCCAAGCAAGGCCGAAGUCUUGAACCUCUGGAAAGUCACUACGAAUAAUUCGACGACGACCGGGCAGACUGUGGGAUGGACCACGAGUAUCGAGAUCGCCAAUACUCUGCGCCAUGCGGAAUCAAACGGCUCUUGCAAAUGGAAACUCUUCCUAGCGAAAUUGGGCGUUGAUAAAAAGCUACUUCCUAUGCAAGUUUUGGGAGAGGCCACGUCUUGGGGCGGAUGGCGACAUCUCGCAGACCGUACGCAAGCAAUUGGGACUACAGCAGGUGUAUACAAGGAGUACAUGGAUCUGACUUGCACACUCUCGGUGCCCUUGAUGUUGAAAUCAGGAUGGACUGGCAACUCCCAGUAAGACUCCACGUGGGAGCUUUGGCCAAGGAUAUGCGGGGAAAGACCUAUGGAUGUGGGGUCUAGGGAACUUCUAUUAUCUUCUUUCUCUUACAUUGUUCCCCCUGAACCCUGGCCUGUCAUGGCCAGAGUAGCAGGGAUGCCGUUCGCGCUGUGUGAAAGGUCACGGCCAGGACCCAUUAUCCCGUCUGGUUAUGUGCUUGGCUUGUGUACA